AAAUUUAAAGUGUGCUACAUUUUUUUUAAAAUUUAAUACAACCUCUUGCAUUAUAUAUACUUGCUAUUGACGCGACCGUUUAUAUAUACAUUUUUUUUUGGCUUGUGUAACCAGUGAACUGCACAUUGCUGCCUGGCGUAUAAAUAGCCCCAAAAUUCCAACUAUAAACACUACACUACAACAACGGUAGUAGCAACAACACUAACCGUGAAACGCCGCAGCCGCCUCCUCAGUGUGAAGAAGAAGGCUACAAAGUGAAAUUGCACUUUUCGGAAUUAGAGAAAAGAGUUAAAAGUACACAGCAGCCGAUUUUUGUUUUCAUUUUGGCAAUUGUGCGAGCUUCUGUUAUUUAUAUGUAUGUGUAUUUGUGCGCUUAUGCGUGUGUGUAAAGUGUUGUGCGUGUUGUUGUUGUAGUUGUGACGGGCCGCAACAUAAAAACCGACAACAGCUGUGCGUGCGAGCGGCAACGACGACAAACACUUCAACACACGUUGCUCACUACUUUUUUUUUGGUUUUUGUUUUUGCCAAGCCAGCAAACCGCUAAACAACUAAAAACUAAGCCAAGCUGCUAAAAUGGGCGAUUUUGAUUUGAAUGUGGACAAUCUCAUUCAGCGGCUGCUGGAAAAUUUCAAAAAACAAAAAGAAGCCGAAGAGCAUGCACAGAAGCUGCUCAUUGCACAGCAAUUGGCCGCUGCUGGAGGCGGUGCUGCCGGCGCCUCCUCGCCGAUUACCAGCAGCAGCACGGCCAUGGGCUCAACAUCGCAUGAUCCGCUGGACGAUCUGACCGAACAGCAGCGUAUUCUAUUGCAACAAUACUCGAUUUCCCCACCCAGCGAGACCCUUAUUUCGGCAGAUGGCGAUCAGAUAACCGUGCAUCAUCCCCGAGAGGAGCCCAAGAAAUCCAAAUUGAAACUGCGCGAUUUCUUUGUGGCCGAAUUUGUGCGCAGCUGUCGUACCGGAAAACAAGUGCAGAUGUCGGAGGCGGAGGUGCGCGGCUUGUGCCUCAAGUCGCGUGAGAUAUUCUUGCAACAGCCGAUACUGCUGGAGUUGGAGGCGCCACUGAUCAUCUGCGGCGACAUACACGGCCAGUACACAGAUCUAUUGCGUCUGUUCGAAUACGGCGGCUUUCCGCCGGCUGCCAAUUAUCUGUUCCUCGGCGAUUAUGUGGAUCGGGGCAAGCAAUCGCUGGAGACCAUAUGCUUGCUGCUGGCAUACAAGAUCAAAUAUCCGGAGAAUUUCUUCUUGUUGCGCGGCAAUCACGAGUGCGCUAGUAUUAAUAGAAUUUAUGGCUUCUACGAUGAGUGCAAGCGUCGCUACAAUGUGAAGCUGUGGAAGACGUUUACGGAUUGUUUUAAUUGUCUGCCCGUCGCUGCUAUUAUCGAUGAGAAGAUCUUUUGCUGUCACGGCGGCUUGAGUCCCGAUCUGCAGGGCAUGGAGCAGAUACGACGAUUGAUGCGACCCACAGAUGUGCCCGAUACCGGUCUGCUAUGCGAUCUAUUAUGGAGUGAUCCCGAUAAGGAUGUGCAGGGCUGGGGCGAGAACGAUCGUGGUGUGAGUUUCACUUUUGGCGUGGAUGUUGUUUCCAAAUUCUUGAAUCGUCACGAGCUGGAUCUGAUUUGUCGGGCGCAUCAGGUUGUGGAGGAUGGUUACGAGUUUUUUGCACGCCGUCAACUGGUCACGUUAUUCUCGGCGCCAAAUUAUUGCGGCGAAUUCGAUAAUGCCGGUGGCAUGAUGACGGUGGAUGAUUCAUUAAUGUGCUCAUUCCAGAUCUUGAAACCAUCGGAGAAGAAGGCCAAGUACUUGUACAGUGGCAUGAAUUCAUCGCGACCGACAACACCGCAACGAAGUGCACCAAUGCUGGCGACUAAUAAGAAAAAAUAAUACAUCCAUCCGCUUCCAUUUCCUUAAAGGUUCAACAAUACAAAACAAAUACAUCAAAUACGAUAAAUAACUUUUAUAUAAAUACAAAAUUUAAAGUGUGCAAAAGAAUGCAAGAAGAAAGAAAAGAAAAAGAAGAUAUAUAUAUACAUAUAUA